UGACGUCAUGGCGUAACGUAAGAACGUAAACCGUUCGGCGCAAAAAUUCAAACGUUUAGCCGGAACAAAAACUGUAGCCUUCUCAGGUCUCUCAUGCUGUAUUACAAACUGUAACGAGUUGUAAUAAAGUCCGAUCGGAUUUUAAACGUUUACAGAUUUUUUUGAAUCCAGCUAAACAAUGAGUGCAUCCUCCACACCUGUUUCCCGGGUGCAUCAAGGAUGGUCAUCAUCCUCUUUGAAGAACAAGGGCCCUGCAGCUUCCAGCACGCCCUUGCUGGCAGCCUUCCCUGGCAAUGAUGACGAACAAGAACGUCGUCAAAGGCGAAGGUCAAGAGUCAUUGACCUUCAAACUGCGCCUGACUCCUCCUUUAAUGACUCUGCGUGUCAUAGCGCCACAGGGACUCCUGCUGCUGUACCCAAGUUGUCAAAUGCACAGAUCUCCGAGCACUAUUCCACCUGCAUAAAACUCUCCACUGAGAAUAAAAUCACCACAAAAAAUGCCUUUGGUUUGCACUUGAUUGAUUACAUGGCUGACAUUCUUAAACAAAAGGAUUCUGAGGUCACAAACUUCAAGGUGGCAGCUGGCACUUUGGAUGCCAGUACAAAGAUCUAUGCUGUGAGGGUGGAUGCUGUUCAUGCUGAUGCCUACAGGGUCCUGGGUGGCUUGGGGGCUGAGACCAAACCUGGGGAGGACCAUGGCAAGACGGAGGAUGAAGGUGGUGAAGGAGCAGAUGUGUCUGUCAAGCAGCCAAAGAAAAAGAGGCCUCCUAAAAGGACAGUGGAGCAGAACUUGAGCAACAUAAAUGGCACUGAUUCUGAGAGGAAAUGUGAGGUGGACCCAAUGUUUCAAAGGAUGGCCUCAUCCUUUGAUGAGAGCAGCACAGCUGGAGUUUUCUUGUCUGUUCUCUUCAGUGAGAAUAGUCGCUGUGAGCUGCUCUUUCCCUCCUACAUAACGCUCCUGCAGUCUAGACCCUCAUACUCUCCUCCACCUCGGCAGACGGUCCCUGCUUCCCUGUUCAUGGCUGGAUUGCAGCGUUCCCAGGAGAAAAGCUCCAUCUGUCCAUCACUGCAGGAUUUCUCUUUCACUAGCUGGAACCCAAAGCAGACUAUGAAUCAGCUCUUGGAAAAGAUGAAGCAGGGCGAACAUGUGUUUGAUGUGAACGCUGAGCCUGACCAGGAAGAAGAUGACUGCCCUGACUUUGACGCCGACUAUGAAGAGGACCAGGGUGACUUUGAGGAGGGAUCAAAAGAGCAUAAGGAGGGCUGUGAAUCUUCUGGGUCUGGCAAAGGAAGGGAUGUUAUUCCCAUUGGAGAGGGAGACAUCGCCACUAUGUGUCUGCAGCUGUCCUCUCAGCCCAGAGAGUAUUCAUACUUCAGUCCUAGAACUAUGGCUACGUGGGCUGGGCCAGGAUAUUGGCAAUUCAAGCCAAAGCACAAGUUGGAUAAUUAUCCUGAAAAGGAGACACGUAAAAGGAGACCCAAAAAGACCUUUGAAAUAGACUUCAAUGAUGAUGUCAACUUUGACACAUACUUUCGCACUACAAGGGCUGCCACCACUAACAGCAAAUCUGCCCUCAGUGCAAGUAAUAAGAAGACAACUCUGCCAACAGACUUCCAGUUUCCCCCAGAGACACUCUCCCAGCUCAGCCUCAAACCCUCCACCUCGUUGAGUCAAGAAGGCCAAAAGAGGUUGUCUGGAGAGCUUGGAGAAGGCAUCGGAGACUAUGACUACAACAAUGCCAAUGACACUGCCAACUUCUGUCCAGGUCUUCAGGGUGGUGAUAGUGAUGAUGAUGAUGCUGAAGGCUUUGCCAGUUCAGAUGACACACAACCCUCAGGUGAUGGUUUACCUGCACCCUCUCAAGAUCUAGAGGGUGUCUCCACUUAUGGGGAAGAUGAUCUGGUACCUGAGCCACACAGGGUCAACAAGAUUGAGAUUAACUAUGCUAAGACAGCUAAGAAAAUGGACAUGAAAAGACUCAAGAGCAGCAUGUGGUCUCUUCUGACUGAAAGCCCAGAAAAACACACAGAGGUGGUGGACACUGCAGAGAAGCCAGAGGUGUGUGGGGAGAAAGUCUUCAGUCAGACCACAAAGACACUGCUUCAAAGAUUACCCAACAUAAUGGCUCAGAACCUGUCAGUGCCUCUGGCAUUUGUUGCUCUUCUUCAUCUUGCCAAUGAAAAGAAUUUGGAGCUGGUGAAAGUUGAGGACAUGUCCGAUAUCAUCAUUAGACAAGGCAACUGAAAGGAAAACUAACGAACUAUUCUUUUUUUAUAUUAUAUUUAGUGUUUCUACACUUUUAUCUGCAUUUAAAAUGUAUAUUUUUCGGCAAAUAUGUAAUAAGAAACAAACGUUGAAUCCCUGUUUAGUGCUAUGAAACAUUUUGUGUUGUUGAUGUUAUCCUCUGUAGAUAAAUUAACUGUCCGAUCACAGCACAAAGGAAUGUCCAAGGAAAUAAAACUUUUUAAACCUA